AAAGAAACAAAAUCAGAGUGAAUUUAAUUUAAUUUAUUCGACAUGGCGAAAGGAACCACAUUCAUUUUCCUCUUCUCAAGCCUCCUCGUCUUGUCUCUGAGUUCAGUCUCCGCGGACAAGGAUGAUCAUGGAGAUCAACAGGUAUAUAUCGUGUACUUGGGAUCACUUCCUUCUCGAGAAGAGUACACACCAAUGUCCGAUCACAUGAGUAUUCUUCAAGAAAUCACCGGAGAGAGUUUGAUCGAAAAUCGCUUGGUGAGAAGCUACAAAAAGAGUUUCAACGGGUUUGCAGCACGACUCACAGAAUCCGAACGAAAAAGAUUAGCCGGAAUGGAGAGAGUUGUGUCUGUGUUCCCAAGUAGAAAACUGAAACUGCAAACGACGUCGUCUUGGAACUUUAUGGGUCUCAAAGAAGGCAUCAAAACUAAGCGAACCCGUAGCAUUGAGAGUGAUACCAUUAUCGGGGUCAUCGACAGUGGAAUCUAUCCCGAAUCCGACAGCUUUUCCGACCAAGGCUUUGGCCCUCCUCCUAAGAAAUGGAAGGGAACUUGUGCUGGCGGGAAAAACUUCACCUGCAACAACAAGGUCAUUGGGGCAAGAGACUACACAGCCAAAUCUAAAGCAAAUCAAACAGCGAGAGACUACAGUGGACACGGCACACACACAGCGUCAAUCGCUGCCGGAAACGCAGUCGCAAACUCAAACUUCUAUGGACUUGGAAAUGGAACCGCGAGAGGUGGCGUUCCAGCCGCUCGAAUCGCCGUUUACAAAGUCUGCGACAAUGAAGGAUGCGACGGAGAAGCAAUGAUGUCUGCGUUUGACGACGCAAUCGCUGACGGUGUGGAUGUCAUAUCUAUCUCCAUCGUUCUUGAUAACAUUCCACCGUUCGAGGAAGAUCCGAUUGCGAUUGGAGCGUUUCACGCUAUGGCUGUAGGAGUACUAACUGUUAACGCAGCCGGUAACAAUGGACCAAAAAUCAGCACUGUCACGAGUACCGCACCAUGGGUGUUUAGUGUUGCGGCUAGUGUUACGAAUCGUGCGUUUAUGGCUAAAGUUGUUCUUGGAGACGGCAAGAUCCUUAUCGGACGAUCAGUGAAUACGUACGAUAUGAAUGGAACCAAUUAUCCUUUGGUUUACGGAAAAUCUGCUGCUUUGAGUACAUGUAGUGUGGAUAAGGCUAGGUUAUGCGAGCCAAAGUGUCUGGAUGGAAAACUUGUGAAAGGGAAGAUUGUGCUGUGUGAUUCUACGAAAGGUUUAAUAGAAGCUCAAAAAUUGGGAGCUGUUGGAUCGAUUGUAAAGAACCCUGAACCAGACCGCGCUUUUAUUCGCUCUUUCCCUGUCUCUUUCUUAUCCAAUGAUGACUACAAGUCUCUCGUCUCUUACAUGAAUUCCACAAAAAAUCCAAAAGCCACUGUUCUCAAAAGUGAGGAGAUCUCUAAUCAGAGAGCUCCUCUUGUUGCCUCUUUCUCUUCUCGGGGUCCAAGCUCCAUCGUUUCAGAUAUUCUGAAGCCGGAUAUAACAGCACCAGGAGUGGAGAUCCUUGCUGCCUAUUCACCUGACAGUUCACCGACUGAAAGCGAGUUUGACACUAGACGUGUAAAAUACUCUGUUCUGUCUGGAACUUCAAUGGCUUGUCCACACGUUGCAGGCGUGGCCGCCUAUGUCAAGACUUUUCAUCCUCAAUGGUCUCCUUCCAUGAUCCAAUCAGCCAUCAUGACAACUGCUUGGCCAAUGAAUGCUUCUGGUUCUGGCUUUGUAUCAACUGAGUUUGCAUAUGGAUCUGGCCAUGUGGACCCGAUAGAUGCUAUUAAUCCUGGACUCGUUUAUGAAUUGACCAAAGCAGACCACAUCAACUUUCUCUGUGGUUUAAACUACACGAGUGAUCACUUAAGAAUCAUCUCCGGAGACAACAGCACUUGCACGAAAGAAAUUUCCAAGACAUUACCAAGAAACCUCAACUACCCAACAAUGUCGGCUAAAGUGUCGGGAACAAAACCGUUCAACAUAACUUUCCAGAGAACUGUCACUAACGUUGGUAUGCAAAAAUCUACGUACAAUGCAAAGGUAGUCAAGUUUCCUGGCUCUAAACUCUCCAUCAAAGUGUCGCCGCGUGUUUUGUCUAUGAAGUCGAUGAAUGAGAAGCAGUCUUUCAUGGUCACUGUUUCAAGCGAUAGUAUCGGAACAAAACAACCUGUGUCGGCAAAUCUAAUUUGGUCCGAUGGCACUCAUAAUGUAAGAAGCCCCAUAAUUGUUUAUGCUAUGAGCUAAAUGAGGCAGAUAUAGUUGUCAUUAUAUAACUUAAAUGUAAUAAACAUGGUCCAUGGAGAAAGUCUAAAUAGUGUAAGC